GAGGGGGCUGGAGGCCCCAGGCCCGAGGAUAUGGAGCGGUUAGGGGAGAAAGCCAGUCGCCUGCUAGAGAAGUUAAGACUCUCGGACUCCGGCAGCGCCAAGUUCGGCCGCAGAAAGGGUGAAGCUAGCCGGACUGGGUCUGAUGGGACCCCCGGGCCGGGCAAGGGACGCCUGAGUGGGCUGGGGGGACCUAGGAAAUCAGGGCCCCGAGGAGCUACUGGGGGACCCGGAGAUGAGACAUUGGAGCCAGCCCGGGAGCAAGGCCCCCAGGACGCUGAGCGGAACCCGCGCGGCUCCUUUGAGGCGCAGCGCUACGAAGGUUCCUUUCCCGGGGGGCCGCCGCCCACCCGGGCCUUGCCUCUACCUCAGUCGUUACCCCCAGAUUUCCGGCUGGAGACCACGGCUCCGGCCCUGAGUCCCCGCUCCAGUUUCGCCAGUAGCUCAGCCAGCGACGCGAGUAAGCCGUCCAGUCCCCGCGGCAGCCUGCUGCUGGACGGGGCGGGAGCUGGAGGAGCCGGAGGUAGCCGGCCCUGCAGUAAUCGUACCAGUGGCAUCAGCAUGGGCUACGACCAACGCCACGGGAGCCCUCUGCCCGCAGGGCCGUGCCUGUUUGGCCCACCCCUGAGCGGGGCUCUGGUCGGCUAUUCCGCCGGAGGGGUCCCGUCUGCCUACCCGGAGCUCCAUGCCGCCCUGGACCGACUGUGCGGGGCUGGCCCGCGGGGGUUCGGCUGCCAGGAAAGCCGCCACUCAUAUCCCCCGGCUCUGGGCAGCCCCGGAGCUUUAGCCGGGGCCGGAGUGGGAGCGGCGGGGCCUUUGGAGAGACGUGGGACUCAACCCGGACGACACUCGGUGACUGGCUACGGGGACUGCGCCGCGGGCGCCCGAUACCAGGACGAGCUAACUGCGUUGCUGCGCCUGACGGUAGGCACCGGUGGGCGAGAAGCCGGCGCCCGCGGGGAACCCUCGGGGAUUGAACCAUCGGGUCUCGAGGAGACGCAGGGUCCGUUCGUUCCGGAGGCUGCCCGGGCCCGGAUGCGAGAGCCAGAGGCCAGAGAGGACUACUUCGGCACCUGUAUCAAGUGCAACAAAGGCAUCUAUGGGCAGAGCAAUGCCUGCCAGGCCCUGGACAGUCUCUAUCACACCCAGUGCUUUGUCUGCUGCUCCUGUGGGAGAACUUUGCGCUGCAAGGCUUUCUACAGUGUCAACGGCUCUGUGUACUGUGAGGAAGAUUAUCUGUUUUCAGGGUUUCAGGAAGCAGCUGAGAAGUGCUGUGUCUGUGGUCACUUGAUUUUGGAGAAGAUCCUUCAGGCAAUGGGGAAGUCCUAUCACCCAGGCUGCUUCCGAUGCAUCGUUUGCAACAAGUGCCUAGAUGGCGUCCCCUUCACAGUGGACUUCUCCAACCAGGUGUACUGUGUCACUGACUACCACAAAAAUUAUGCCCCUAAGUGUGCAGCCUGCGGUCAACCCAUCCUCCCUUCAGAGGGCUGUGAGGACAUUGUGAGGGUGAUAUCCAUGGACCGUGAUUAUCACUUUGAGUGCUACCACUGUGAGGACUGCCGGAUGCAGCUGAGCGACGAGGAAGGCUGCUGCUGUUUCCCUCUAGAUGGGCACUUGCUCUGCCACGGCUGUCACAUGCAGCGACUCAAUGCCCGACAGCCCCCUACCAACUAUGUCUGA